AUGUUUUUAAAUUACGUUUUAUUCGUCGUUUACAAUUUGUUGAUGUUUUCCAUUUUGGCAUUUUGCAAUUCAAAUGACUACUAUGAUAUAUUGAAUGUACCACGCUCAGCCAAGCAGAAUCAUAUAAAAUCAGCAUUUAGAAAAAUGGCUAAACAGCUUCAUCCAGAUAAAAACCAGGAUGAUCCAGAAGCCACAGAAAAAUUUUCAAAGUUACGAAAUGCAUAUGAAGUAUUAUCUGAUGAAAGAAUGCGUAAAGACUAUGAUAGGUGUGGUGAACAGUGCGUUAAAAAGGACAGCAUGGCUGCGGGACAUGAUCCAUUUGCCAGUUUCUUUGGAGACUUUGGCUUUCAUUUUGAUGAAUCACCUGGACAAAAAGAAAUUCCUAAGGGUGGAACUAUAGUUCUUGACUUACAUGUUUCCUUAGAAGAAUUAUACAAUGGUAACUUUGUGCAGGUAACAAGAAACAAACCGGUUAUAAAACCAGCUCAUGGUACAAGACAAUGUAAUUGUCGCCAAGAGAUGAUCACUAAACAAUUGGGCCCUGGUCGGUUUCAAAUGAUGCAACAAAAUGUUUGUGAUGAAUGUCCCAAUGUAAAAAUGGUUACUGAAGAAAGCAUGCUAGAAAUAGAAAUAGAACCUGGUAUGAAAGAUGGCCAAGAAACUAAGUUUACAGCAGAAGGAGAGCCACAUAUUGAUGGAGAACCAGGUGAUCUUGUUUUUAAAAUAAAAACAUCACCUCAUUCAGUUUUUGAAAGGCGAGGCGAUGAUUUAUACACUAACCUAACUAUUACAUUACAGGACGCAUUAGUUGGCUUCCAAACAGAGUUAACCCAAUUAGAUGGUCGAAAAAUUCUUAUAGAACGAAAUACUGUAACCUGGCCUGGAGCAAAAAUUCGUAAAAAAGGUGAAGGUAUGCCAAACUAUGAAAACAAUAACCUACAUGGUUAUCUGAUCAUCACUAUUGACAUCCAGUUUCCUAAAAAUGACUUCAAUGAACAAGACAAAGAAGAUCUCAAAAGAAUAUUGGGAGAAAACUCGAUCAAUAAAUUAUACAACGGUCUGGAUGGAUACUGA